ACCAAUAGUUUACUUCUAGCUUGGGUACAGUGCAGUUAUGGCAAAUAUCGUAGGACUUGUAGGUAUUGGGGUAUCUGGAGUGGCCCUACUUUUUGCCAUUGUUGCAUUGGCGUCCGACAAAUGGGAAACCAUUACAGUUAAGGGUUUAACAAGUGAAUUUAAGGUAGGAUUAUGGGAAAUGUGCACCACGGAUGGUGGAACAACGACCUGUGUUGAUUUUGAAGAUGUUGAUAAUUCAAUUGUCAAGGAGAAGCAUAAAACCUCUGCAGAUGGAUGCAAGGCAAUGAUAUUUCUGGCUAUUUUCACGACAACAGGGGCUAUCGUGAGUGCAGUGCUUGUGAUGUUUGUUAUGAAGGAGCAACAGAUCUUGUUCUUUGCAGCUGGAGGUCUGAAUCUCGCGUCUGGACUUUUCUUGAUGAUUGCCAUGGCACUGUAUGUUGACAAAAUACAGUUGCUUAACUUUCGCGAUUUAGAAGGAGUUUUUUCAUAUCUUGAUAACGGAUUUUAUCUAGAUAUAGGUGCGUGGCUGGCGGCAUGGAUAGCUGGUGGAUUUUUCAUCGCUGCUAAGUGUUUGACCAAGAACAAAGUUAAUAGUUCCUAGAGUAAUAAAUGUAUAAAAUAUAUUAAAGACCCUGUAACGUAUUUCUUAUGGUUUUAUAUGAUAAAUCUGAUGCUCAAAUGAAGAUUUAUCAUUAUUGUAAGUUUCAAAAAGCACUAUUUGUAAAGAUAUUACCAAAUUUAACAUUUCAUGUAAAUAAGGGGAGGUACAUGUAAUUAGAAAUUUAUUUUCGAAAAAGUCUAAGUUUGUUUUUUGAUGUUUGUUUGUUGUUGAUGUUUUUCUCAAUAAAAAUGAAUGCAUUGAUUGUAACGUAUUAUUGAAAUGUGUAUAAACAUUUGCUGUGCAUAUUUAACAUAUUCUUGGAUGUUUUGAAAUUGCUUUAGAAUAUUAAGUAGAAUGUAUAUACAUAUAUAAAACUUCACUGAACAAUACAUUAUUGUCUCAGAUACUGUACAUUUAAGUUCUCAUUGACUGCCGUAAAGUACCUACUUUUAGCUAAAAAUCAUAAUUUUGGCUUAUACUCCGUGGAAAUUGCAUGGAGGUAAAUAAUAAUUUCUUUGUGCUUCAAAAUUAACUCUUUAAUGGCCUGACUGGUAACAUGUCCGGGGUCCGCACUCGACAGCGAAAGCUGCAUGACGGUGGAUGGACCCUUUUUAAACAUAGACUACAUACAUGCAUACAAUGUAUGUUACAUCCUUAAGCAACCGCCUCCGUGGUCGAGGGGAUAUAGUCGAUGACUUCUAAUCCAGUUACCUCUCUGGCGUGGGUUCGAUCCCCGGGAGAUGCUUUGGUAGUUUAGCACGGAGGAAGGUAGUCUAGUAUUGGUGUAACUCUCCAGGAACGAUGGUUAGGAAACUACCCGCCUAUAUGACUGAAAUACUGUUGGGAAAAGGCGUAAAAUGAAACAAACAAAAAACAAAACAUCCUUAAGUUCAAUUCUAGAAUAAUUAUGACCAUUGUUUGAAUACUAAGUGUAUCAAAAACAAUACCGCAAACAUAGAUAAUAAAUGCCUUCAUAUUA